AUGACUGACCAACGUCAGCCCUACACCAUCUCUGUUUCUGAUGACGCACUUGAAGAGCUCAAACAGCGUCUCACCUACGCACGAUUCCCAAGUCAAUUUGAGUCGCCGGAGCAAGGUCCUUGGGACUUUGGGGUUCCAGCAGAUGAGGUGAAACGUCUGGCAGCUUACUGGAAGGAUGGCUUUGACUGGCGGAAAGCUGAAGCACACUUGAACGAACUCCCGCAGUACCACACGGAUAUUGAGGUGGAGGGAUUCGGCUCAUUGACUAUUCACUUUGUUCAUCAGGUCAGUUCAGUGAAGAACGCCAUUCCUCUACUAUUCAGUCAUGGAUGGCCAGGAUCGUUUAUCGAAGUUUCCAAACUACUACCAUUGCUAAAAGCAGGUGCUGAUCGCCCGGCAUUUCACAUUGUGGCCCCUUCAUUGCCGAAUUUCGGCUUUUCCUCUGGCGUCACUCGUCGUGGGUUUGGUCUUGCCCAAUACGCCGAAACCUUGCACAAGCUUAUGAUCAAGCUUGGCUAUGACAAGUAUGUGACCCAGGGCGGAGACUGGGGAUUCUGGGUGACUCGAAGCAUGGGCCUCUUGUACCCCGAGCAUUGCAAAGCUUCCCACGUCAAUAUGAUCGUUGCCCAGCCUCCACAAUGGAGCAAUACUCCUUUACUGGCGCUGCAACACGUCUUCCAGCCAUACAAUGCGCGGGAAAAAGCAGGUCUUGAAAGAUCUGACUGGUUUGACCGUGAGGGCUACGGAUACAACAUGCUCCAGAGCACCAAGCCACAAACCAUCGGUGUCGCACUUGCCGAUAGCCCUGUUGCACUGCUGGCCUGGAUCUACGAGAAGCUGCACGACUGGACAGAUUCUUACCCGUGGACUGACGACGAAAUCCUCACAUGGGUGUCUAUCUACUGGUUCUCCAAAGCGGGACCCGAGGCUAGUGUCCGUAUCUACUACGAGGCCUUCCAUGCCAAGGCUCCCACGGAAAUUCCAUAUGCCAAGCUUUGGUCUUAUAUUCCGCAUGUGAAGCUUGGCCUAGUCCACCUCCCACGGGAAAUCUCGAUUGUCCCCACCACAUGGGCUGCCACGCUUGGACCGGUUGUUCGACAAAGUGAACAUGACCAUGGAGGUCACUUUGCGGCAUGGGAGGUACCCAAUGUCAUUGUGCAGGAUUUACAUGCAAUGUUCGAGAAAGGAGGCCCUUGUUUUGGGAUCAUUCCUGGCAAGACAGGCUAUUAA